GAGACGCCCCGCCCAAGUCUACAUUUUUAAGCGGUCUUCCUGUAAUCUCCGCUGUGCUCCUAUAAGUUUUCAAUUUUUACCUACAUUAAGGUGCCCACGGACCGGGUUCCUGUCCCUUUUCAGCCUUGGUACCCGACCACGGACACGUUGGACUGGGCAGGCAAUCCCAGGCGUGCGGGGCUGACCCAGGGUCUGUGCGGGGAGUCCCCAUGGCGCAGCGGAUGGCCCCGGGAAGGGCCUCGGCUCGGCCUGCGACCUGUAAACCCGGGGCUGUGAGCUUCGCGGACGUCGCCGUGUACUUCUCCCCUGAGGAGUGGAGGUGUCUGCGGCCGGCGCAGAGAGCCCUGUACCGAGAGGUGAUGCGCGAGACCUAUGGUCUCCUGUCCUAUAUCGAAGUCGGAUGCGCCAAACCAGCGCUCAUCUGCUGGGUGGAGGAAGAGUCCGAAGUGUGGGGACCCUGUGCCCAGGAUCCAGAGGUGGCCAUGUGCAAGACAGAAUUCCACUCAGAUUGCAGGCCCGAGAAGGGAAGGAAGAGACCAAGGGAAGAGACUGAAGCAAUGCAGAAGGCAUUUACUCCAGAACCUGGGCAGAAGGAGCCACAGCUCUCAUUUGCUGUCUCCCCUAGUGGUGUUCAAGCCACGGUCCUAAGGGCAGACAAGCGUCACGGGUGCCAUUUGUGUGGGAAGAGUUUUGCCCAGCGGCCCACAUUGGUGGAGCACCUGUACACUCACACAGGCGAAAAGCCGUUUCAGUGCCCAGACUGCAACAAAUGCUUCGGCCGGGCUUCUUCCCUGAGCAUGCACCGAGCCAUACACCGAGGUGAACGGCCGCAUCAGUGUCCGGACUGUGGGAAGAGUUUUACCCAGCGGUCCACAUUGGUGGCGCACAUGUACACUCACACAGGUGAAAAACCAUUUCAGUGCCCUGACUGCAACAAAUCUUUCAGCCGGUCUUCUUCCCUGAGCUCGCAUCGGGCGAUACACAGAGGGGAACGGCCUCAUUGUUGCUCUAACUGUGGCCGAGCCUUCACACGUCGCUCUGGCCUCAUUGCCCAUCUCCGUAUCCACACUGGGGAGAAGCCUUACAGUUGUGCUGAUUGUGGACGCUGCUUCAGCCAGAGAUCUGCGUUCCGUGAGCACCAGCGGGUGGUACACAGCGGUGUCACCCCCUUCACUUGCACUCACUGUGGCAGAGCCUUUGCGGAUUCCAAAUAUCUUCGGCGCCACAUGCGCAUCCAUACAGGUGAAAAGCCUUAUUCAUGCCCUGAUUGUGGUCGCUGCUUUCGUCAGAGCUCUGAAAUUCCAGCCCAUAGGAGGACCCACACUGGCGAGCGUCCUUACCCCUGCCCUCAAUGUGGCAGGCAGUUUCGCACAAAGUCAGCUAUGACAAGCCACCAGUGGGUCCAUAGAUCAGGAGCUAAAGGCCUUAAGGACAAAAAAGCCAGUUAGUUAUCUAUAUCCCUGGGCCCUAGCCAAGAGGACUCGGAUCUACCUUUGGGCUUCCAGCAUUACCUAGAGAUAUUUCAGGAGUGUGGAGGAUGGUCUUAAAGGUGCCAACAUAGAGGGUGAGAUAUGUACAUUGUUUGAGGCCCAGAGGGUUGAACCUAUUGCUUCCUCCAGAAGGCACAGACGUUCUAGGUAGUGCUGGUCUGGGCACCCGGUACAGUCUUCUAGGAGGUUUCCAGAUCCAUCUGCACACUCUCUGGAUCGACCGUCGUCUUGGCGUCUAUUGGGCAGGGCUGGGCAACCCCACUAGAGCUCUAUGAGAAGCGAGGGCCUUUUCCUGGCUCAGAAGUAUUGAGAGGCCUGAGGAUAAAGAGAGCCUCCUUGAAGUCAUUGUGUCUUUAAUGCCGAGGCUCAAGUUGAUGGCUCUGUGUGUGUUGAGCCAGCUGCAUUCUCCGGGAUUGAGUUACUGGUCAAGAGCCCGGUGUGGUGGUUCCUGCCUAUGAUCCCCGCAUUGGGGAGGUAGAGACAGGAAGAUCAGGAAUUUGAGACCAGUUUGGGUCACCUGAGACUGCAUAUAAAAAUAAAUAAAAUUGCAACUAAUUUAUUACGGUUUAAAAACCAAAGCAUCUAUCACAUGUACCAAAGGCCCAAGUUUCUAGGUUCUCUGGAAAAAAUCCAAAAUAUUCAGCCCAGCAAACAAGACAGAAGAGUUCUGUGGCCCAUUUUCAGCACUCCAUAUACUGUGUGUGCCGGCACAUGCUUGCUUGCAGCACUUGGUAGCUGGUGGCACAAGGAUGUUCAGAACUUUAAGGCUGCCCUCUGUUACAGACAGACAGACAGACAGACAGGCACACAGACACACACACACACACACACACACACACACACACACACAUACACAUACACAUACCAGGUUCAGAUCAGAUCACGGCCCAUGAUUUGAUUUCAGCGUUGGAAGGAGAGAAUCAGUUCUAGAAGACAGUGGAUUUUAGGAUUUUCUCAAUCAAGGGGGGCUUGUAUGAAAUUGGAUGGCAUAGAAGGAAAAAGAAAGAAAGAAACAAAAACCCCAUAAACGAUUUCUGCUCUUCAUUUGUAUUUUAUGUUAUAGCUUUUAAAGUUCGUACUUGCCUAUCACCUUUUUUGCCUUUUCUCUGUGCCUGGGAGAGGAAGCAGCUUGAAGAAUACUCCCAGUUAGGAGGAGGCCCCUGGGGCAGAUAUCUGACCCUACAGUGGGAAGUGGGCUGUGCUCACCCUGCCCUCCCACCCAUCUCUCUGUCCACCAGGGAGAAGCCUGCUAGUCAGCAGCUCCUCAGUUAGGAAGGAAAGUCCCUGGGCUGGGCCUCUGUAGCCUCUCUUAGACUCCUUGCCUGUUUGAACUGGAGAAAUCUGGGCCUUCCCAUCCCUUUGGGCUCAAAGACAGAUCAGAGGAGGCUCAGCAACUGGCCCAAGACCACAGUGAAGCUGCAGGGUCACAGUCCACUGCUGCCUUUAACACUGUUGUCUCUGGGUAGAUUCACAUGUGCAUGCAGAUGCCUGUGGAGGCCAGGAGAGGGUGCUGGAGCUGCCCACAAUUGUGAGGGGGCUGAUGUGGGCACUGGGAAUGUAAAGCUGGUUCUGUGGAAGAACAGCAAGUGCUCUUAACCUCUCACCCAUCUCCUCCACACACAAUUUUUAAGAGACAUCUUUGCAUGUGUUGCCCUGACCUCAGAAGAUCCUCUUCUGUAGCCUCCAGGGGACUGAGACUCAGGUGAGUGUUAAGUUCACCUCUGCUGCCUUCACAUCUCUGAUGAGUUCCUGACAAGAUACCUGGCCGAGUGUCAAGUCGGGCAAGAGGCUGACUGUCCACAGUACAGAUCAUCUUAUCUACUUGAUUAUUGAACUCCUCAGCUGAAGUCACCUUUCAGUGGGCACUUACAUGUGACACACAUAUCUUCACAUCUUUUACCCAUUUGGAGAGAUCUAUAUGCAUACUUCCUCCCUAGAUGUCUUUCUCACCAAUUUUCCAAUCAUGAUCUUUUCAAGUCCCUGACCAUCCAGCCAAUCCAUUGGCUAUGCCCAUGAGUCAGUAAACAAUCAUACAUCUGGCCAUUUCUUCUUCUAAAUAAAGUGUAAUAUCAUGUGUACUGCCUGAAGUUCUGCCCACUGUGAAGAUUUUCCUCCACCUGUAUCUUUCAGGGUUGUCCCAGAAAGGGUUUGUAAUGCUGCAGCUGCCCACUUCUGGAUGGCGUCUGCAUAGCAUGUAGCACCAUCAGUAAACCAGGUCCUAGUCUUCUCUUACUCAGUCAGAUGAUCACAGCUGAUCACACCCAAUGAGGCUAUAGGUACAUGCUUGGCAGCCAAUGGCAUUUUAACAGGAGUAGAAAACAUAGAUAUUUGGCUACUUCUUCAUGUAAA